UUGGUAAUUGCUGAAAAGGCAUUGAAGUGCGAGGAACAUGAUGUAAGUCUGCCCCUGAGUGAACACAAUGAGCCUUGGUUUAUGCGUUUGAACUCAACUGGAGAAGUGCCUGUCCUUAUCCACGGGGAAAACAUAAUUUGUGAGGCCACUCAGAUCAUUGAUUAUCUUGAACAGACUUUCCUGGAUGAAAGAACACCCAGGUUAAUGCCUGAUAAGGGGAGCAUGUAUUACCCACGGGUGCAACAUUACCGAGAGCUUCUCGACUCCUUGCCGAUGGAUGCUUAUACACAUGGAUGCAUUUUACAUCCUGAACUCACCGUGGAUUCUAUGAUCCCUGCUUAUGCAACCACAAGGAUUCGCAGCCAGAUUGGUAACACAGAGUCUGAACUGAAGAAACUUGCUGAAGAAAACCCUGACUUAAAAGAGGCAUACAUUGCCAAACAGAAGCGACUUAAGUCAAAGCUGCUUGAUCAUGACAAUGUCAAAUACUUGAAGAAAAUUCUUGAUGAGUUGGAGAAAGUCUUGGAUCAGGUGGAAACUGAAUUACAAAGAAGAAAUGAAGAAACUCCAGAAGAGGGCCACCAGCCUUGGCUCUGUGGAGAAUCCUUUACCCUGGCAGAUGUCUCUCUGGCUGUCACAUUGCAUCGACUGAAGUUCCUGGGGUUUGCAAGGAGAAACUGGGGAAAUGGAAAGAGACCCAACUUGGAAACCUAUUAUGAGCGUGUCUUGAAAAGAAAAACAUUUAACAAGGUUUUAGGACAUGUCAACAAUAUAUUAAUCUCUGCCGUGCUGCCAACAGCAUUUCGGGUGGCCAAGAAAAGGGCCCCAAAAGUUCUUGGCACCACCCUUGUGGUUGGUUUGCUUGCAGGAAUGGGAUAUUUUGCAUUUAUGCUUUUCAGAAGGAGAUUUGGCAGCAUGAUAUUAGCACUUAGACCCAGACCAAAUUAUUUCUAG